ACCCUCCACCACACGCACGUACGCACGCAUCCUGGACCCUGAGCCUGGACGCACUAACGCACACACACACACGCACGCACACGCAUACACACGGCCUGUGAGCGGCAGGUAAGAGGCGGUGGAUAGCUAGUGUAGACCUGGCCGUGUGGGAGGGCGGAGGAGUCUAGCCCCGCUCCACAGUGACCGCAAAUAUCUUCAACAAUUGUUGCCUUAUACGAUAGCCCCGUGUCCCCCCUUUUCCACCCUACCCACUCCAUCAUUACCCAUUAGUUUACCGGUAGUUGGAGCCGGAAGUGACAGUGUCGGGCAGUAGCAGCGUGUCCUGCCCGUUGGGUACUGGCUGCUAGGUUGGCAGUAGAGAGGCAGCAGUGACCUCAACGAAGCCGCUGUCGGCAGCGAGGCAGUAGUGACCUGCGAGAAACUGCUAGCAGGAGCGGCAGCGGCGAGGCAGUAGUGACCUUAGGCAAGCCGCCCAGGGCUACGAGAGGCAGUAGUGACCUUAGGGAAGCAGCCCAGGGCUACGAGAGGCAGUAGUGACCUUAGGGAAGCCGCCUAGGGCUACGAGAGGCAGUAGUGACCUUAGGGAAGCCGCCCAGGGCUACGAGAGGCAGUAGUGACCUUAGGGAAGCAGCCCAGGGCUACGAGAGGCAGUGCUUAGCCCUGGAAUACGAGCACAGAGCGCACCCAACGCACCCACCUGUAGCGCAGUGGGCGCCAGUGUCGGCGGACAGUCAUGAGCAAGGUUCACACACAAUAAUCAAAGAUGGGCGGGGAGGAAGGGCGUGCGCGGCCGCCCAGGAUGGUGGUGGGCGGCCUGCUGGUGGCUGCCCUGGCCGUGGGCGUGGGCGGCCAGAAGGCCAGUGCCGCGGGCGUGGAGUGUGAGUGCGCCUCCAGUCUGGCCGUGGCUGUCAUAGUGACCUUCCUGCUCACUCUGGCACUGGUGGCACUCGUCAUCUUCCUUCGGCGGCGCUGCUGCGCUUCUCACACUACUCCAGAGAGGAGUGACGGAGGUGGAGGCGGGGCGGGUGUGAGCAAGGCGGCCACCACCACGGGCGAGGCGGCUACACCUGAGAAAGCCAUGACCACAUUAGAGAAGCUGGUGCAGGCGGUGCGGUCAGGCGGGUCCAGGACCAACUCCCCCAAGAGGGCCAUGGACGACUCUCACAUGGCGGAGCCGACGGUGGUGGCGGUGCCUCUUCGCGGUCAUGACUUCACUGGACUAGGCUUCAACAUCUCCGGGAACAUGAGGGACGGCAUCUACGUCAGGGACGUCCUGCACCGAGGUCCAGCCUCAGAGUCUGGCAACAUCGCUCCAGGUGACCGGGUGCUGGGGCUAGCUGUCAGCACAGAACACAUGGUACACGAGGAUGCUCUUACCCUCCUCAGUUAUGCCUCGCCAUAUCCUGUUCUGCUCCUCCUGGAGAAGUCAGUCUCUGGGAGCGAACGUCGUCUCCCAAACGUUUCUGCGGCCCGUCCUGUUCACCCCUUCUACAGGAGUCAGUCCAUUGACGACCUGGCCAAGAUUGGUAAGGCGGACAUGUGGAGAGUCAGCCGAGCACGGGUAUACGAGGGACGAGCUGGCAUAUCGGAGGUGCCCCGCCCAGAUCUAGUGAGCGGCAGGGUGGAGCUGCCCAACCUCAGGCUCACUCCUGGCAUUGGUCUACCUACUGCCAUUCCUCCCAGGAUGAAUGCUGCUGCCCUUGUCAAGCGGGAGGCCCCCGAGCGACACUCUGAGCGGGCUAUUGACGUUCCAGGAGCCGUGGUCAACAUUCCAAAUGUCUUGGUCACAAAGCCUUCUCACACCAUAACAGCCGAUAUUUCAGAACUACAUCCGGAAAAAUCUGAUUCAAGAUUAAAGUUUGGCAUCAAAGUGUUGCCCGACUUGACCGGAAAAGUGCCAAAGCAGGAUCUGGACUUGGAAGCAGGGGGAAAGGUAUCGGGAGAGGUGAGUUUGCCUUCCCUCAGCCUGCCACAACCACAAAUCAGCGUUGAAAGAGAGGUCGACCCAUUGGCAGGGAUUGAUGGCCUAGAUGCUGUAAACAAGAAGACAGCAGGUGUAAAGUUUGGGGUUAAGCUUCCACAAAUGAAGCUGGGUGAUAUGAAGGGUGAGGCCGGCAAGGUGAGUGGUAAGGUGAGAGGCAUGCCUGAGGGUGGCCAGGUAAAGGUUGUGGGUGAGGAGAAUAUUAGUGUGUCCUUGCCUGCUACAGACCUAUCUGUUAAUACUAGUAUAGAUCAAGAUAAGAUAUCUCAUGAACCCAAAACUGAUGAUGAGAAACAGAAGGCAAAAGGUUCAUUCGGUUUUGGUUUUGGCCUCAAAGGCUUCAGCAAAGGUCAGAAUUCAGAAUCUGAAAAUGUAGAUGAGACAGGGGCAAAAGCAAAUGAAAAAGACUCAAGAAAAUCCAAAGGCCUAGGUCUAAAGGACUUUGGUUUUGGCUUUAAAGGACUUGGCAAAGAUGAUGAUGAUGAUCACACCGCUGCCUCAGAUGAAGAGAAAGUAAAGUCCAAAAACACAAUUGGGGUAAGUGUUGAUGUACCAGACGUUAACCUGCCCAUCGUUGACUUUGAACGUGCGAAAAAGGCAUCUGGUGGUGAUGAUAGUGAACAGUCCUCAAAAUCUAAAGAAGGUCCAGGCUUUGGAAUUAACUUCAAAGCACCAGAAAUAUCUAUGCCACAGUUCAGUUUAAGGGGAGAAGCGAGAAACAAGGAUAAGGAAAAUGACUCAAAGACAGAGAGCAUGAAUGAGAGUGAUAAGGACGAAAUUGACAGUGGUGGUUUAGCCUUCAGGAUGAACGUGCCUGAUAUCAGCUUACCAGAUCUUAGUUUUAAGAGAGGAAAGACUAAUGCUGAGGGAGAUUUAGCAAUUAAAGCUACUGAUCAAAUGCCAGAUAUUAAUGUACAAAAUAGAACCAGUAUAAGCUAUAAACCUGGAGAAGUUACUCUUCCCAAUGUGGAUUUGCAAGCUCUUGGUGAGGCCGAAGCCAGCCAUGACUCUGAUGAUAAUAGUGACAAAAAGAAUAAGGGCUUUAGCUUUGGUCUUAAGGCUCCAGAUUUUAGCCUGCCAAGCUUCAGUGUAGGAGGCCGAGGUGGAGGCGAUAAGCACUUGGGUAAAGACUCUGACAACUCCAAAAUCAAGGAUAAUGGCAAAAAUAUAAGUCUUCAUGCAGGGUUACAAGGCCCUAAUAUACAACUUCCAGAUGUAGAGCUUAAAGGCAAGGCUGAAGUUAGUGAACUUCAUGAAGAAAUGGAAAAUACAUCAGAUGAUGAUAGUGGCAAAAAGAAAACUAAAAAGAACAAAAAGGGCUUCAGUUUGGGUCUUAAAGCUCCAGAAUUUAACUUGCCAAGCAUAAGUCUAAGAGGCCAUGCUGAAGGGACUGGAAAUGAGAAUUCAGAUAAUGAAGGUAAUGAGGAUAAGAAAAGUAACAGAAAUUACAGCGUAGAACUGAAAGGUCCGAACAUUGACGUCCCAAGUGUGUCUUUGAAGGCACAUGGAGAUACAGCUGAACCUGAUGAUGGUAGCAUCGUAUUAAAGGCUCCAGACAUAAAUCUUCCAAGUAUAAACUGGAGGGGUCGUGGAGAAGGACAUGAAGGUGAGGUUGAACUACCUAAGCAUCUAGAGAGAACGUCUGACAAAUACAGCAUCUCCAAAAAAGACAUAAAUCUUGAUCUUCAGGGUCCUGACUUCAGUCUUCCCUCUGUUGAUAUAACUGCUGAAAAAAGAGACAAAGGCCAUCGUGACCAGAAUGAUGAUGAUGAUGAUAAUGAUAAGGAAAAGAAGGUCAAGAAAGGUCUGAGUUUUGGAUUCAAAGGACCAGAGAUUAGUUUACCCAGCUUAAGUCUAAAAGGUUAUGGGGAUGGAGAUAAAGAACAAAAGGCAGAUUCAGAUGAUCAGGAUAAAACUAAUGGCAAAUCCAAGAAAGGCUUCAGCUUUGGACUCAAGGGGCCAGACAUGAGUUUACCAUCCAUUAGUUUAAGAGGCCAUGGACAGGGUGAUAAUGAAGAAAAUGAAGACCCAGAGGAGAAAGACAGUGAUAAGUCAAAGACUGACCUCAGUUUGGGUGUAAAAUGUCCAGAUGUAAACUUUCCAAGUGUGAGUCUAAGAGGAAGCGCUCAGGAAAUAGAACAAGAUAUCAGGGAUUCAGAUGAUGAAGCAAAGAGUAAGAAGUCCAGGAAAGGUUUCAGCUUUGGAUUUAAGGGUCCUGACAUUAACUUAGCCAACAUGAGUUUAAAAGGUCAAGGAGAAGGAAAUGAACAUGAAAUAGAUGAAUCAGACGAAGAAGGUAAUGCAGAAAAGGGUAAGAAGCCUAAGAAAGGCUUCAGCUUUGGCUUUAAGGGCCCGGAUGUUAAUUUACCCAGCAUGAGUUUAAAAGGUCAUGGGGAAGGAAAUGAACAUGAAAUAGAUGAAUCAGAUGAAGACGGUAAUGCAGAAAAGGGUAAGAAGGCUAAGAAAGGCUUUAGCUUUGGCUUUAAGGGUCCAGAUGUCAAUUUACCCAGCAUGACCUUAAAAAAUCAUGGGGAAGGAAAUGAGCAAGAAAAAGAGGAAUCGGACAAAGAUAACCCUGAAAAAGAUAAGAAAUCCAAGAAAGGCUUCAGCUUUGGAUUCAAGGGCCCCGAUGUGAAUUUACCAAGUGUGAGCUUAAGAACCCAUGGGGAAGGAAAUGAAGAAAAGGUUGAAUCAGAUGAAGAUAAAACAGACAAAGAUAAGAAGUCAAAGAAAGGCUUCAGUUUUGGAUUUAAGGGGCCAGACAUUAACGUGCCUAGUGUGAGUCUAAAAAGCAGUGGUGCUCAUGGACAUGAUGGCAUAGAUGUUGAGUCAGAUAAUGCUGACAUCAAAAACAAAGACAAGAAGUCCAAGAAAGGCUUUAAUUUUGGCUUUAAGGGCCCAGAUGUUAACUUACCUAGCAUGAGCUUAAAAGGUCACGGGGAAGGAAAUGAACACGUAAUAGAUGAACUAAACGAGGAAGGUAAUGCAGAAAAGAGUAAGAAGUCCAGGAAAGGUUUCAGCUUUGGAUUUAAGGGUCCUGACACUAACUUACCCAGCAUGAGCUUAAAAGGUCAAGGGGAAGGAAAUGAACAUGAAAUAGAUGAAUCAGCUGAAGAAGAAGAUAAUGCAGAAAAAGGUAUGAAGUCCAAAAAAGGCUUCAGCUUUGGCUUCAGAGGCCCAGAUGUUAAUAUGCCCAGCAUGACCUUAAAAAGCCAUGGAGAAGGAAACAAAGAAUUUGCUGGGGAAGAUGAAACGGAGAAGGAACAAUCAAAGAAAGGCUUUGGGUUUGGGUUCAAAGGUCCUGAUAUUAACCUACCAAGCUUCUCUAUGAGUGGUAGAGAACAAGUAGAUUUAAAAGGAAAGCCUGAACUAGAUGAGGAAAGCAGCAAGGGUGGCAACAGAAAAGGCUUUAGCUUGGGGCUAGUGGGACCAGAUGUCACCUUGCCAGAUGCAAGCUUGGAAGUUAGUAGUAGUCUCUUAGAGGAUGAGGAGAAACGUAUGUCUGACAGAGAUACGAAGCUAAAGAAAGGUUUCGGGCUAGAAUUCAGAGGCCCAGAUAUAAAUGUUCCUAAUGUCCGAUUGCGGGGUCAUGGUGAUGGAAAGGAGUCUGAGAAAGAGGAAGCAGAUGAUAAAGAUAGCAACAAAAAGGACAACAAAUCAGUAAGAGAUUUCAGUUUUGGACUAAAAGCCCCAGAUAUUAGUGUACCGAGCAUUAGUUUAAGAGGGCACGAUGAAGUGAAAGAUAAAAUGGAGUUUGAUAAUGAAGAGGAGAAAGACAAAAAGUCAAAGAAAGGCUUUAGUUUUGGAUUCAAGGGUCCAGAUGUUAACUUACCCAGCAUGAGCUUGAAGGGGAGCACCCAUGAGAUGGAAGGCAAAAACAGAGAAUCAGAUAAUGAAGAUGGCAAAGACAAGGACAAGAAGCCAAAGAAAGGAUUCAGUUUUGGAUUCAAGGGUCCAGAUGUUAAUCUGCCCAGUAUGAAUCUCAAGGCCAGCGCUCAUGGGAUGGAAGAUGAAAACAAAGAGUCAGAUGACGAAGAUGGCAAACACGAAGAUAAGAAGUCAAAGAAAGGCUUCAGUUUUGGAUUCAAAGGUCCAGACGUUAACUUACCCAGUGUGAGCGUCAAGGGAAGCAGCCAUGGGAUGGAAAUGGAAAAUAGAGAAUCCGAUAACGAAGAUGGCAAAGACAAAGAUAAAAAGCCAAAGAAAGGCUUCAGUUUUGGAUUCAAAGGUCCAGACAUUAACUUACCCAGCAUGAGCUUGAAAGAAAGCGGCCACGAGAUAGAAGGCGAAAACAGAGAAUCAGAUAAUGAUGAAGAUGGCAAAGAUAAGGAUAAGAAGUCAAAGAAAGGCUUCAAUUUUGGAUUCAAGGCUCCAGACGUUAACUUACCCAGCAUGAGCUUGAAAGGAAGCACCGAUGAAACUGAAGGCAAAAGCAGAGGAUCAGAUGAUGAAGAAGAUGGCAAAGAUAAGGAUAAAAAGUCAAAGAAAAGCUUCAGUUUUGGAUUCAAGGGUCCAGACGUUAACUUACCCAGCAUGAGCUUGAAGGAAAGCAGCCAUGAAAUGGAAGGUGAAAACAGAGAAUCAGAUAAUGAUGAACAUGACAAAGAUAAGGAUAAGAAGUCAAAGAAAGGCUUCAGCUUUGGAUUCAAGGGUCCAGACGUUAACUUACCCAGUGUGAGCUUGAAGGAAAGCAGCCAUGAAAUGGAAAGUGAAAACAGAGAAUCAGAUAAUGAUGAACAUGACAAAGAUAAGGAUAAGAAGUCAAAGAAAGGCUUCAGCUUUGGAUUCAAGGGUCCAGACGUUAACUUACCCAGUGUGAGCAUGAAGGGAAGCAGCCAUGGGAUGGAAAUGGGAAACAGAGAAUCCGAUAACGAAGAUGGCAAAGACAAUGAUAAAAAGAAGAAAGGAUUUGGUUUUGGAUUCAAGGGUCCAGAUAUAAAUUUACCGAGCAUGAGCUUGAAGGGGAGCACCCACGAGAUGGAAGGCAAACACAGAGAAUCAGAUGAAGAAGAAGCUGGCAAAGACAAGGAUAAGAAGUCAAAGAAAGGCUUCAGUUUUGGAUUUAAGGGUCCAGACGUUCACUUACCCAGCGUGAGCUUGAAGGAAAGCAGCCAUGAAAUGGAAGGUGAAAACAGAGAAUCAGAUGUUGAAGAUGGCAAAGAUAAAGAUAAAAAGUCAAAGAAAGGCUUCAGUUUUGGAUUUAAGGGUCCAGAUGUUAAUCUACCUAGCAUGAGUCUCAAGGCCAGCGCUCCUGGAACAGAAGAUGAAAACAAAGAGUCAGAUAAUGAAGAUGGCAAAGACGAAGACAAGAAGUCAAGGAAAGCCUUCAAGUUUGGAUUCAAGGGUCCAGAUGUUAACGUACCCAGCAUGAGCUUGAAGGGGAGCACCCAUGAGAUGGAUGGUGAAAGUAGAGAAUCAGAUAAUGAAGAUGAUAAAUACAAAGAUAAGAAGUCAAAGAAAGGUUUCGGUUUUGGAUUCAAGGGUCCGGAUGUUAAUUUACCCAGUGUGAGUCUCAAAGGAAGUGCUCACAGAAUGGAAGAUGGAAAUGAAGAGCCAGAAAAUGAAGAUGGCAAAGAUGAAGAUAAGAAGUCAAAGAGAGGCUUCAGUUUUGGAUUCAAGGGUCCGGAUGUUAACGUACCCAGCAUGAGCUUGAAGGGAAGCACCCAUGGGAUUGAAGGUGAAAGCAAAGAAUCAGAUAAUGAAGAUGAUAAAUACAAAGAUAAAAAGUCAAAGAAAGGCUUCAGUUUUGGGUUCAAGGGUCCUGAUAUUAGCCUACCCAGUUUUACCUUAAAAGCUCAUAGAGAUGGAGAAGAAGGCCAAGAUUCGGACAAAGAAGAUAAUACAGAUAAAAUGGGUGGGUCAAAGAUUAAUUUAGGAUAUGAUAUUACGAGUCCAAUGGUAAGUCUUCCCUCGUUAAGUACGAGAGUCUCUGGUGAUUCGGAAGACAAGGAAGAGUCAAGAGCUGAAUUAAGAAAUAAACACAAAGAUCACCAAACCCAUGAGGGAUUUACGGUUGGUUUGAAACACCCAGACAUUAGCCUUCCAAGUGUUAAUUUGAAAGGCUCUGAACAUGGUGAUGGAAACAAUGAAUCAGAUGUUGAAGAUAGCAAAGAUAUUCAUAAAAAAUCCAUGACAGCAUUUAGCUUUGGGCUAAAGGGACCAGAUAUUAAAAUGCCCAGCAUGAGUUUGAAAGGUCAUGGAUAUGGGGAUGAUGAUGAAGAGACACAUGGUGAGAAUGACAAAGAUAAAAAGUCUAAAAAAGGCUUCAGCUUUGGAUUCAAGGGCCCUGAUGUUACGAUGCCAAAUGUCAAUCUGAAGGGUCCUGAUGUCAAGAUGGCAAGUAUAGGCAUAAAAAGCAGUGUGGAAGCUAACACAGAUGAUGAUAAAACCAGCUACUCACACAGGAAGGAAAUGGAUCUUGGGACUGCUAAGAGCUUUAACAUGGCACUGAAAAGUCCCAGCAUAAGCAUACCUUCAGUAGAUGUGAGAGCUCAUGGUCAGCCAGACAUCGAGACUACACGAAGAAAUGAUGAACAAGUGGAUUGGGAUGAUCAAGAUAAGUCAAACAGAGGGUUAAGUUUUGGAUUUAAAGGCCCUGAUGUUAGCUUCCCUAGUUUAAAUUUAAGAGGUGCUGAAGAAGCAAGCAUAGAUGCUGGUGAGAAAGAAUUUGACAUAGACAAAACUUCAAAGAAAGGCUUCAGCUUUGGACUGAAAGGUCCUAAGGUGAGUCUUCCUGGCAUGAUCUUGAGAAGUAGUGGAUAUCAUGAGACAGAUAACAAAGACAUUAACUAUGAUGAGCAGGAACCAGAAUCUAAAAGAAAUUUCAACAUUAAACUUAGGGGUCCCGAAGUUGGCGUGCCCAGUUCAAACUUGAAAGUUUCUGGUCAACUUGGACAAAAUGAUUAUGAAAAAGAACCUGAUGAAAAUGAAGACAAAAAGUUAAAUAAAGGCAUUAACUUUGGCUUUAAAGGUCCUGAUAUAAAUAUACCGAGCUUUAACUUGAGAGGUCGUGGAGAAGAGAGGGAUCAAGGCAAGUCGGACGACGAAAUGACACACAAUGAAGUCGUGAAAAAUGAAAAACGAUUUAACUUUGGAAGCAAGAGACCUGAAGUUAAUCUUCCAAAUAUAAAUUUGAAAAGCAGUGGGCAUGAAAGCCUACAAGAGAGAGAGAAAUAUUCACUGGAAGGUAAACCCAAUAGUGGACUCAGCUUUGGAAUCCAAGGUCCUGAAGGACACAUUCAGGGCUUGUCUUUAAAUAGCCAAGAAUAUAGAGGUAACAUAGAUACCUCUAAUUUUGAUAACAUUAGCAAGGAAAGAUUUGAUAUAAAUUUCAGAGGACCUGAUGUCAAAGUAUCUAAAGUUAAUGUAAUUUUGUCUGAAGAAAAGGAAGCAUUAAAUUCAUCAGAAACAGGCAAAAAUGAGGCUGCCUUAAAACAAAAAGGUGAGCACUCUCUAGGAAUUUCUUUAAAUACUCCUGACAUAACUUUCCCAAACUUUGGGAGUCAAGUCAACAAGAACAAUAAUGACACCAAAUUAAUUUUGGGUAAAGAGCAGAGUGUGAGCCUUCAAUUCCAUCCUCCAAGUGUGACUGUACCAGCAUUAUCAGCUGGAUCAGUUAGUGUAGCCAGUAACCAAGAUGCUUCUGUUUAUUUGCACAACCAGAACAUUAGUAUGAACCUCCAAGAUGCUGAUAUUCCAUCUGCUAAGAUGGAAAUUACCCAUGAUGAUGAUGAUGUCCUCAAUGCUCCAAAGAAAAAAGGAAAAUCAGGCUUCGGAUUCAACCUAAAUACUCCUGAUAUUAGCUUACCUGACUGGGAUCUCCAUUUAGGUCAGAAGGGUGAGAGAACCAAAGAAUCUCACAUGUCUGGGGAAAACAGCCCUGAAUUUGACCAAAAUGCAGUAGGCAUUAGUGGCGGCAAAGUGGUCAAGUCUCACGCUAGUGGCCUGGCAAUGGAGAUUGAAAAUGAACUCCUGUCUCGCAAUUUUGGUAUUGAAGUGCCAGGUUUUGACGAGUGUGAUUUGCCAGAGGUUGAUAUUGACCUCAAGAAAGCCAAAAUUGAUUUACCAGAAGUGGAUCUACAGUCUAGGGUUUUGGAAGCCAGAUAUUCUGGAAUGAGUUUAGAGGGGGAGCAACCCAAGACAGAAGGAAGCAGUUCUUUGAUAGAGAUGGAGAAUGCCAGACUCUCCCCUGGGUUUGGUAUGGCGUUUGGAUUUAAAGGCUUUAAGAAACACAUCGGUCUUGAGCCUAGAGACAGCGGCAUCCUGACUGUAGAACCUGAUAUUAAUUCCAGGAGUAUUGAAGCUAAAGUUGAGAGUCCUGCCGUAGCCAUCCCCGAGGGCACUGUUGCUGCUAUGAAAAAGGAGAUACUAGAUGCAUCCACUGAUGCAUCAACACCAAAUACCAGACAUUCUGGUGUUACUGUUACACUGACUGAGCCUCAGACAUCAUUAGCUACCCCUGAAGGUUUCCACAUCAAAAGCAGCAAGUUUGCAGGUGUUGGGGAGAGCACACAGGUCAGACUUAGAGCAAAAGCUCCUGCUAUUCCAGUUGUCACCACAGAUGAUGAUGAAGGGGACAAAAUAAAAGGAAAAUCAAAGUUUAAAGAUGAAGAAGAUGACGAGAAGACAAAAUCAAAGCACAAAUUUGGCCUUGGAUUUGGAUUUCGAGGCUUUAACCGAUCAUCAGACAGUGAGGAGGAUUCACGAGAACCCACUUCCCUGACACCUGAUCCCGAUCGGCCUGAAGUUAAGGAUGACAAAAAGAAAGGUCGUGGUAAGAUGAGCUUUGGAUUUAAAGGCUUUUCACGAUCCUCUGACACUGAAGAAGAACAUGUAGAAAAAGUCUCAGGGGCACCAAUGGACAAAGAGGGUGAGGAUGAUAAACCUCGACCGAGGGUGAAGGGAGGAUUAAAUUUUGGAUUUAAGGGGAGAGGCAACAGAAGCUCCGACUCGGAAGAUAACAAUGACCAAGAACGAGUGGGUACUGACCCUCAUGCCGAGUCUGGUAGCAUCAAGCAUAAACUCAAGCCAAGUCUCAGCUUUGGUUUCAAGAGCAAAAACAAGAACUCUGACAUGGAAAGCGGGGAGGCAGAGGUUGAGGCGAUGCGCCGGGACCAACCAGACGCUGAAGAAGAAAUUAAAGUCAAAACCAAAUCCAGCCUUAAUUUUGGUUUAAAAGGCUUUGGCAAGAAUGAAGGCAAAUAUGAUACGAGAUCAGAUUCUGAGGGAGGAGAUGCAGAUGAGAGGCGUUCUCUGGACACUCGUGGCGAUGAUGCCCCACGAGCAAAGACGCAAAAAGGAUUGGGCUUUACAUUCAGAAACCGAAGUGGGAGAAGUACUUCUGAUUCUGAGGGAGUUGAGACAGAGGAACGGGUAGAUUAUGACACUCGUGGUGGUGAUGAAAAAGUUAAGGAACACAAAAGCAAAGGCAUCCGUUUAGGCUUUAAAGGCUUCAAGAAUCUCAAGGGAAAAAUCCAAACAGAAUUUAACCGCAUGCGACAUGACAGUCACUCUAGUGAAGAUGAGGCAACACGUGAGGGGGCUGUCAAUGACCAUCCAGGAACAAAUGAAGCCAAGCGGAAAAAGAAUGCCAAGAAAAAGAAAGAUAAGGAGAAAAAGAACAAGAAAGAAGAUGAAGAGGUUCUCAAUACAUCAGAAGAGAAUGCCUUAGCUCUUGCUGCUGCAGCGGCUAAAGAAAAUAGACGAAAACGACAAGAGAAAACGUGUAGCUCAUCUUCAUCCAGUACUUCAUCAAGCUCUGAUGAAAAGGAUGAAACUCCAACGGAAUUAAAGAAGAGAAAACGUAACAGAGGGAGGAGUCGCCAAGUGGCCACAGGGAUGACAGAAAUAACCAUUAAUGAACGACCUGUUGAUGUUGAGGUGAACGAGAUGGUGGAGGCAACAUCACGACAGGUGGAUGUGGUCUUACCCCCACUACUGGCGACAUACACCUCCUCACAGCCUGAUGAAGUUGAUUCUGCCCCAUCUAAGCGCCGUGCCCCUGAACCUCCUCAUGCCCCUAUCCCUGCUGCUCGGAGCAAUGUUGUGGUGCGCGAAGUAAAACUCAAGUCCUACCAGCCUCCUGUAGGAGCUGCAGAAGUAGUAGAAGUGAUGCAGAGAACAGUACUUGAGCGACGAGUCCCAUUAAUGUCUUUUAAUGAUGAAGUCUCCAUCGCCUCAGACAGUGAAGGAGAACGGGCUAUUAUUAGAGCUCACAUAGAACCAGUAACGUCAUCUACACCAAAGCGACCACCUACAGACUCCGAAGAACUGAAACGAAAAGCAGCUUCUUUGGGAGAUCUUUCCCGCCUACAUGUGGAGCCCGACACAGUCAAUGUUGUGCUGGAACGUGCCAUGUCCUUAGAUCUGACAAGAGCUAAAGCAACUGUCGCAAUAGAUAAUGCCUCAGGGCUUCACCGUCCACAUCGUCUGCAACUUCCAGAUUCAUCUGCAACUUCCAUAGAAGAGGAAGAGGGGGUUCGGGUGGGAUUGCGAGUAGAGGGCGGGACUGGACUACGACGUGCAGAGCAGUGGGGUACUCUUGAGCAGGCACUUCUCUACAGAAGAAACAGUAAUGGGAAUUUAGAUGAUGCCAUAUCUACAUGUGUGAUGGAACCUGAAGGUGAACCUAUAUCUCACAUUGAAAUUAGUGGUUCAACAUCAGUCACAGAUAUCUCAAGCCAGUGGGUGACAGCAUCAGAGACUUCAAAAAACAGCAUCAGUUUGCAGCACAGUGCAAUCAAUUGUGAGGACUCCCCAGCAUUAGCAGCCAGACCUGCUCCUGUGGGUGGCACCACUAUAACACUUCUUGAUGGUGACACAACAAUAAUGGGAGGGGCUGUUGAGGUCACUCCUGUCACCACAGCUGAGGACCGCGUGGUGGUGGUACAGGCACAUCCACCUUCACCACAUGAGAGAAAAAUCAGCAGUUUUAGCGUUCAGCUUCGCCACGUAACCUCUCAGCAGACACCUCAAAUCCAGAAAAUGGUGACCAGCAGCAGCUGUAGCAGCAGUCGUAGUAGUCUGAGCAGUGACAGUGAAAUUGAAGCUGGAAUGGUUGACGAAGUUGGUAGGAGAGGAGUGACUGUGACUGUUGCACCCCGCAUCAGUAGUGUGGAUGUGGGUGGCUCAAGCUCUACAGCUGUGCCACCACCCAUUCCGCCCAAGCCACGCACAUCACGCACUCAGUCACCCCCUCAACUGAUAAUGGCACGUCAUGAGCCUGCACUUGUCACUGUAAGAGAGAAUGGUGCUGUGGUGGUGUCCACUGACAAUCUUACCCACCUGCAGGAAGGCACCAUGGAUCACUUUACUACUGAUAAUGUCAGCAUUGAAACAGUAAACAUAGCUGGCGACACUAUCAUAGUGGACUCCCCGGAAAAUGGUAACAACUUCCCUGCUUAUGUCCUACGUACCGACCACAUAGCCACCAUGCCCCAGAAGUCGCUCACUCAGAUAACAGUAGAAGGAGGAGGGUACAGAGUUAAUGAUGGAGCCCUGAGUCAGACACUGAUUAUCUCCACCCCGACACACACACACCUCUCUCCUCCUGGUCCAGACUCCCCACCACCCACUCUACAGCCACCACAGUAGCCGACCUAUCAUGACUAAGAGUUGCACUAAAAUUGACUUAUUGUCACCUCUAUUACCCACCAUGACCUGAGACGUCAUUGAGGGACCAGGUGACAUGUGGUGGUCACCCCUGCAGAAUUAAUCAAAAUCUUUUGUCAUUGCAAGGUGGCUGAAGCCACAACUUGUAAUACAGAUAGCACAUGGGGCUGGCCACUACCUUACACUGCAUUGUGCUGGCUAUGGCAUCACACCAUAUGGUGCAUGCACCUCUUGCACUGUGUGGUUCAAGCCCCUGCCUCACACUGUGUGGUUCAGGCCCCUGCUUCACACUGUGGUGCAGGCUCCUGCCUCACACUGUGUGAUGCAGGCUCCUGCCUCACACUGUGUGGUGCAGGCCCCCGCCUCACACUGUGGUGAAGGCCCCUGCCUCACACACUGUGGUGCAGGCCCCUGCUUCACACACUGUGGUGCAGGCUCCUGCCUCACACUGUGUGGUGCAGGCCCCUGCCUCACACACUGUAGUGCAGGCCCCUGCCUCACACACUGUAGUGCAGGCCCCUGCCUCACACACUGUAGUGCAGGCCCCUGCCUCACACACUGUAGUGCAGGCCCCUGCCUCACACACUGUAGUGCAGGCCCCUGCCUCACACACUGUAGUGCAGGCCCCUGCCUCACACACUGUAGUGCAGGCCCCUGCCUCACUUUACCACUCACCUGUAACCAAGGCUCCCCUCAUUUUAAUCAAAUUAUUUAUAUUCAAAUUAUAUAUACUGUAAGUUAAUAUUUCUUGCUUUGACACAAACUAAAUAUAUAUAUAUAUAUAUGCAAUUGACGAUCACAAAACACUGAUCAUUUUAUGCGGAAAAUCCACAGAGAAAUAUGAAAUGAGGUGAACGU